AUGGUCAACGAACAAGAUCGUGAGCACCUCCGCCUUGCCGUCUCACUCGCCCACGAAGCUCUCAAAGCAGGCGAUGCCCCAUUCGGCUCUGUCCUUGUAUCAUCAGACAAUAAAGUCCUCCAGACAGACCGAAACCGCACCGUCACAGGUUCCGACGGCGAUGGUCGUCCCGACGCAACUCUGCACCCAGAGUUUACGCUCGCGCGGUGGGCACAACUCAACCUCAGCGCCGAGGAGCGUAAGAACUCUACUGUGUACACGAGUGGAGAGCAUUGCGCAAUGUGUUCUGCUGCACAUGCUUGGUGCGGACUCGGAAGGAUUGUGUAUGUUUCUUCGACAGAGCAGUUGGAGGCUUGGAAGAAUGAGUUUGGUGUCGAUGCGCCUGUUGCGCCUCUGAGUAUCAAUCAAGUUGCUCCAGGGCUCCAAGUGGAAGGGCCUGUUGAGGAUUUGGCUAAAGAGGUUUAUCAAUUUCAUGUUGAGAAUUGGACGGGGAAGGGGUUUGAGUCCAAGUCUAAGGCUUGA